AUGGCACACGCCUUGUCCUCUAAUUUGGCUCUUAACCUUCCCACUUCGAGGUAUCUCCACCACUCAAGACCAACCCAGUUGAAGCCAGUGAAGAUCAUCAUGAUGGAGGAUGCAAGAGAAAAGCUUGACCACAUCCCAAAAUCCAACAAGCACCACCAUCCUCUCCCAAAAAAAAAAGUUGCCCCAACUGCACCCGUAGGGUUGUGGGACAGGUUUCCUACGGCAAGGACAGUGCAAGAGAUGAUGGAGACGAUGGAGAGGAUGAUGGAGGACCCUUUUGCAUUUAGCACACUUGAGUGGCCUUCAUCACCCUUGCCAAGUGAGGGUGUGGGAGGGUAUAGAAGAAGGGGAAGAGCACCUUGGGAAGUCAAAGAAGGAGAGAGUGAAUACAAGAUGAGGUUUGAUAUGCCUGGGAUGAAGAAAGAGGAUGUGAAAGUUUGGGUGGAGGAAAAGAUGCUAGUGGUUAGAGCAGAAAAAGCACCAAAGAAGAACGAGAUAUCGGAACAAGAAGAGGAAGAGGGAUGGUCUGCAAAGAGUUAUGGUAGGUAUAGCAGUAGGAUUGCUUUGCCAGACAAUGUGCAGUUUGAGAAUAUUAAGGCCGAGGUUAAGGAUGGUGUCCUCUACAUAGCCAUUCCCAAGGCUACCACUUCCUCCAACAUCCUAGAUAUCCAAGUUCAAUGA